UUUUAGUUAUUUUUUUACAAAGAGAGAAGAAAGCCACCGCUGUUUUUCAUUGUAUCGGGAAAAACCACCUCGCAUCAACAACUCUCGAUCUCGAUCUCGAUCUCGAUCACACCAAACCCAUGGCGCCGCCGCCGCAGUCGUCGUCGUCGUCGCCGUUCGAUCCUUUCAACCAAGAACCUGUUAUAAGAAAGAAGAACAAUGGAGCUCCUAUCAAGUUCCUUUUGCCUCUCAUAUAUGCCCCUGUUCUUCCUCUAAUUCGUUUGUCGCUGCGGAGUAAACCUGUUUUGAGAGAUCGUUUGUUUACUGCUGUGUUGGUUGGGGCUUUUGUUCAUGGAGGCUAUCUGGUAACGGAUUUGUAUGAUGCUGAAAGCAAAUGAUUAUGCAGAGCAUGUAUCAGGCGUUAGAUCAGUAAUUUUUACAUCACAACCUCAGGUCCUCAAUAAAUUAUUUGACUGGUAACACCUUAUAUAGAUCAAAUACUAUCAUGUAAGGAUUUUUUGUCCAAUUCUUUUGGGAGAUUUUGUGUGCCAUGUACUAUAUGAAUUUGAGAAUUGCAUCUUGUAUUGCGGAUUUAGCUUCUAGUUGAAUAAUUGUGAAAUUUGGAGUCUGUUCUUAA